CUGGUAAACAUCUAAGCGUGCGCUUGCGUAGUGCCUGUAAUGGAGGACAGGUCCUUCUUUUCGAGGUAAAAUCGGAAUUACUAUCGAUAUCAAGACACCAACUUCUUAAUAAUAACACAUUGGAGUUAUUUAACAGUGUCGGGUAAUUUCUGUUUAGGAUGGCGUCUGAUCCAAGGCCCCAGACUCCUGGCUCCAAGGGGAUCAUGACCUUUUACCCCACUACUGAGGAGUUCCGAAACUUCAGUCGCUACAUCGCCUACAUGGAGUCCCAGGGAGCACACAAAGCCGGCCUGGCUAAAAUCGUGCCACCAAAGGGUUGGAAGCCCAGGAAGUCGUAUGACGACAUAGAUGACCUGUUGAUCCCGGCGCCCAUUCAGCAGGUUGUGACUGGUCAGUCGGGCCUGUUCACUCAGUACAACAUCCAGAAGAAAGCCAUGACUGUCCGGGAAUUCCGCAGGAUGGCCAACAGUGACAAAUUCUGCAGUCCUCGCUACAACGAUUUUGAGGAACUAGAGAGGAAGUACUGGAAGAAUGUGACGUUCAAUCCGCCCAUCUACGGUGCUGACGUGAACGGAACGCUAUAUGACCCCGAUGUGACCUACUGGAACAUCGGCAAACUGAACACCAUCCUGGAUACGGUGGAGCACGAGGGCGGCAUCACCAUCGAGGGGGUGAACACGCCUUACCUGUACUUCGGCAUGUGGAAGACCACCUUCGCCUGGCACACAGAGGACAUGGACCUCUACAGCAUCAACUAUCUCCAUUUAGGAGAGCCCAAGUCCUGGUACUGUGUUCCCCCAGAGCAUGGCAAAAGAAUGGAGCGCUUGGCUCAAGGGUUUUUCCCUGGUAGCCACCAAAAUUGCGAAGCCUUCCUGAGGCACAAGAUGACCCUGAUCUCGCCCUCAAUUUUAAGGAAAUAUGGAAUUCCAUUUGAGAAGAUCACUCAGGAGUCCGGUGAGUUCAUGGUGACGUUCCCCUACAGCUACCACGCCGGCUUCAACCACGGCUUCAACUGUGCUGAGUCCACCAACUUUGCCACCGAAAGAUGGAUUGAGUAUGGAAAGCAAGCUGUGCUGUGUUCAUGCAGGAAGGACAUGGUGAAGAUCUCCAUGGACCUGUUUGUGAAGAAAUAUCAGCCGGAACGCUACGAUCAGUGGCUGGCCGGUAAGGACGCCGCCCCCAUCGACCACUCACGGCCCACCCCGGAGGCCAAGGAGUUCUUGGGGGAGGAGCCAGGGAAGGACUUCCUGGAGCUGUGUGGGGAGCAGCUCAACACAGAAGGGGAAAGAAAGAGUCCUACUCAAAGGAUAGGGACCAAGAGACAUAGGGUUUGUCUGGAAGUGCCUGACGAGGUAGUCCCUAAAGAUGAAGAUGAGGAAGAGGAAUAUGGAAAGAAGGCCAGGCUAGGCCUCACCAUGGGAACUGAGGGCUGCAAAGAUACAGACACACCGGUGAAGCUCACCUUGAGGGAUCUGCCUAAUGUUAUGACAGACCCUGCUGUGGGUAACUGCAGCACAAGCUCUGCCGUACAUAAAUUCAACCUCCCAUCCACCAGCGGCCACACAGCGUCCAUGUUGGCUCAACCCCAGUCACACAGAAACGGACACCUACCUGUAGUGGCUCCCCCGACCAGGACUGGCCCUUCCGUCCAGCCAAUCAGAAAAUUGGGGGUGGCAAGUCUGCUCUUCCACAAGACCCAGAGCCCCAAGGACACCUUGCAGAUCCACAGUUACGCCCGCGAUCACCAGCCACCGAUUCACCACACACAGCUCCAUGUGCACAGUUACGCCAGAGAGCACCUGCCACGGCACCUUCAAACCCACCUCCAGCUCAAGGCCCAUCCCCAGCUCCAAGUCAAGGAAGAGAAGCUGGAGUCCCAGGUCCCCUCCACGACCGGAGAGCAGAGCCAGGCUGGAAAGCAAGGAGAAUGGGUUGAAACUGAGGCCCAGACCAGGGGCACGUGUGAGCAGCAGCCAGGUGAAGCCAAGGCUCAGGAGGGAAGGCAUAAAGAGAAGGCCCCUAGCAGUCCACAGCCCUUCCAGAACCAAACGCACCAAAGGGCAGCCAAGAGGACUGAAGUGGAGGACAGAGUGGACAGACGAAAGCAAUGUCUUUCACCUGUACAAUCAGAGUUAAUGCUAAUCGAACAGACAAACCUCAGUUUAAGUAAGCCAGCAAAUUUGCAUCCAAGCAAGCAGGCAAACUUGAAGCUGAGUCAGCAAAUGAGCCCAGCAAAGCCGACGAACUCGAGCCCAGCGAAGCCGACGAACUCGAGCCCGGGGAAGCCGGCGCACUCGAGCCCGGGGAAGCCGGCGCACUCGAGCCCGGGGAAGCCGGCGCACUCGAGCCCGGGGAAGCCGGCGCACUCGAGCCCGGGGAAGCCGGCGCACUCGAGCCCGGGGAAGCCGGCGCACUCGAGCCCGGGGAAGCCGGCGCACUCGAGCCCGGGGAAGCCGGCGCACUCGAGCCCGGGGAAGCCGGCGCACUCGAGCCCGGGGAAGCCGGCGCACUCGAGCCCGGGGAAGCCGGCGCACUCGAGCCCGGGGAAGCCGGCGCACUCGAGCCCGGGGAAGCCGGCGCACUCGAGCCCGGGGAAGCCGGCGCACUCGAGCCCGGGGAAGCCGGCGCACUCGAGCCCGGGGAAGCCGGCGCACUCGAGCGCGGGGAAGCCGGCGCACUCGAGCGCGGGGAAGCCGGCGCACUCGAGCGCGGGGAAGCCGGCGCACUCGAGCGCGGGGAAGCCGGCGCACUCGAGCGCGGGGAAGCCGGCGCACUCGAGCGCGGGGAAGCCGGCGCACUCGAGCGCGGGGAAGCCGGCGCACUCGAGCGCGGGGAAGCCGGCGCACUCGAGCGCGGGGAAGCCGGCGCACUCGAGCCCGGGGAAGCCGGCGCACUCGAAGCCGGCGCACUCGAGCGCGGGGAAGCCGGCGCACUCGAGUCCAAGCGAACAGAAAAACUUGAGUCCAAGUGAUAGGCUGGACUUGAUGAGUGUGAAGAACAAACCCCUCCUCCGUAAGCUGCCGAAACAGCACCCACUCCUCCGUCCCAGGGAAAGCUCCAGUGACGACGAAGAGACAUAUGUGGAUGUGGAUUACGAACUGGAGGAGCGCGAGGAGUGGGCCAAGCCUCUGGCCCAUCUGUGGCAGAGCAGACCGUUCAACCUCCAGGCAGAGAGGGAGUACAACCAGCGCAUGGGCCUGCAGGCCCCAUACUGCUCUAUCUGCCUGCUUUUCCACACGUACGAUCAGUCGGAGUCCAGCAGCAACCCCGGUUACACGGUGAAAGGAAGACGUGGGGGCAAACAGAGGUCCACUCCCCUGAUCCCCGAGAUGUGUUUCAGCACCACCAAUGACAAGACCAACAACAGCAGCAGCGACAGUGGCGAGGGACACCUCUUCACGCCUCACCUGGAGGAGGACGGCACCAGCCUGCUGGUCAGCUGCUCCCGUUGCAGCGUCCGAGUCCACGCCAGUUGUUAUGGAGUGUCUUCAGAACAAGUGUCAGAUGACUGGAUGUGUUCCCGUUGUGAGGCCAACGCUCUGACGGAGGACUGCUGCCUGUGCUCACUGCGUGGGGGGGCUCUACAAAAAGCCAACAAUAACAAGUGGGUCCACGUGCUGUGUGCCCUGGCGGUCCUGGAGGCGCGCUUCGUGAACAUCGCUGACCGACGGCCGGUGGACCUCAGCUACAUCCCUCUGGCCCGGUUCCAGCUGAAGUGUUUCUACUGCAAGCGACGGGUGAAGAGGGAUGUUGGCUGCUGUGUGCAGUGUUCCCAUGGCCGCUGCACCACCGCCUUCCACCCUACCUGCGCCCAGGCGGCCGGCCAGCUCAUGCAGCCCGACGACUGGCCCUUCAUCGUCCACGUCACCUGCUACAGGCACAAGUCUCCCCACCUGCCGGAGCGCAAUGCGGCGGCCAUGAGAGAGCUGGAGGUGGGCCAGAAGGUUAUCUGCAAGCACAAAAAUGGCCGCUACUACCAGUGUGAGGUGCUGGAGCUGACCACCGCCACAUUCUACGAGGUUGUCUUCGACGACGGCUCCUACAGCGACAACCUCUUCCCUGAGGACAUCGAGAACCGGGACUGUGUGGCGCUGGGCCCUCCGGCGGUCGGCGAGGAGGUCCAGGUACGCUGGACAGACAAUCUGCUGUAUGGAGCCAAAUUCGUGGCAUCGCACUCCAUCCCCAUGUACCAGAUGGAGUUUGAGGACGGGUCGUCCCUGUCUGCCAAGCGGGAAGACGUGUACAGUCUGGACGAGGAGCUGCCCAAGCGAGUCAAGUCUAGAAUGUCCAAGGCGUCAGACAUGCGUUUCGACGGGAUCUUCACAGAGAAGGAGGUGAAGCAGGGCGCCAAGCGACAGCGCGUCAUCAACUCCCGCUACAGAGAAGACUACAUCGAGCCUCUCAUAUACAGGGCUAUCAUGGAGUAACUCCGGUCCUCUGCUUCAUUACGAACUAAGCACACACCCAGGGAGGAGGGAGCCUCAGGGCUUCAACGGGCGCUGGGUGCUAUUAGGAACAAACUCUCUCUGGAGGUGGAAGGCUUCCAUGCCCUUGGGGCAUUUUUAAAAACCACGGCUGGGACUUUCUGGUGGGAUUUCAGUUCUUUAUGAAACCCCCCCCAUAGUUUCUGUGAAUUGUCUUAUUGCUUGUUGCUAUACAUUUAUACGAUGGGAACCAGUAAUUAAAUAUUUGGUGGAAUUGGAACUGCCCAAGACACCGGGACAGAUUUGACCUCUUUUGUUGAAACCCUGCUCGAUUACCAGAUUUUGCAUUGUCCUGCCAUCUUCUGACCGUUAGUUCAUCCUUUGAUUUGUUACACGUAAGUCUGCUUUCUCACCUCGAGCUUUACCCAUCUAAAUGCAUUAACAAUACCCUUUUUCCCCAAUUCAAACAUGAUGGAUGACUCAUGAAAGAUAGCAUCUGACAACGCAUUGCAUUGCAUUCAAUAUGUUUUUUUAAUAACAUGCUAUUAGCUGAUAAUUUAAAACCGAUCAGAGGUGCUUUAUAUGCUUUGCAAUAUUAUGAACUUCAUAUUAUCUCAGCUAGGAAUGUACAGCUCUGAUCGUGUCUGCUGUGACGAAAGAAAGAUGAAGUUAGCAGCCCUAGCAUUAAGUUCAAAUGGCAGUGUUCUGUUAUGUUCAGUUUUUAGCUUUGCAACUUUAAAGCUUUGGAUUUAUUGAAUUUAAUUUAUGUCAGUUUUGAAGAGUUUGAGAACGCACCUCUUUGUUGCCACAACUCGCUGCGUUUAAUCCCAGAGAUGUAUUUAUAUUUGUUAUGUGGAUAGACUUUUGGAUGCGACUUGGUUCCCCUUUCUUGAAGAAGUUGUUUCAAUUAUUAAUUUUUUCCAAACCCUCUGUUGUAUUUUUAGUGUGUGUAUUUAGUGGAUCAGGGUCCUUGUUCUGCAGAAAAGCACUUAUUACUCCGUUAAGUGACAUGUCUUAUCAUUCUCUGUUCGGACGGCUGGUAAGUCCCUAAGUUACGGGAAAAAGUUAGCCAUGGGCCACCUUAAAUUGGCAAGCGUUAAACAUUGCACAUAGACAUACUACAUUCUACAUCCAGAAUUAUUCUUGUUUUAAAUUCACCACGAUGCAAGUUUGCGCAGUUGCUCUAGGGUUCAAACACAGGUUUGUAGUUGAUCACUAUCAGUAAGGUGACCGCAGCAAAAUGUUUCUCCGAAGGACACCCUCAGCACCUCCUUUACCCUUGCCUCGCCUCACAAUCUGUUGCCAUGGUUUGAUUUUUUUUGUGUGCGCCCUAGGCAUUAUCCCUGUGCAUUAUGGUUGUAAACAUCAAAUAUCAACUGUUGCAGUAAAGACUUGACCGAGGGGAAAAAAUGUGUUUCCUGUGUCUUGUUUCCUGUAAAAUUCCCCUAAACUGUUACACAUCCGGUCAGACGUUUGAGGGAGAUCCUAUAGAUCAGGGCUGCCCAGACUACAUCCUGGAGAUAUAUCAUACUGUUGGUUUUCUCUAAAGUUCCAGUUGACUUACCUACUUAAGCUUUUCAUCCCGCUACUGUAAUUCUUUGAAUCGAGUUUGCUAAAUUAGGGUUGGUGCGACAUCGUACAUGACUGUCGCCCUACGGGAUCAGGGUUUAGCAGCCCUGUUAGAGAGAGAGAGAGGCAAAAUCUUGAAUCUAAUUUACUGACUUGUAUAGCAAAAAAGUGACACUUGUUUUUCAUUUUUAUCCUAACUUUCUAAGCAUUGUACAGGUAUAAUAAACAUCUGCAGCUGUGCAAUGUUA